AUGCCAAUUUUCCGUGCUCACACAUGUAGCACGCUGACGGUUCCUACAUCAGACAGGCGAAGUAGAUCCAGUAGCAAUGGUUUCCGUGGUUCAAGCCCCAGUGCCCACGAACUGAGAAGAACUUCGCCGUCGUCGCCGUCUUCGCUGCCGGCCAGUCGCUUUAGUUCUGAAUCCAGAGCCAGGUGUGGUAGUGGCAGUUCCGGCCUUGAUGCUUUCCUUUCCUCUGAUGCAGUUCCACGUAGACCCUCAUCUAGUGCAUCUCGGAGUUCUCUCAGAAGCACUUUGAGCAGCCAGAACCUUUCGUUUUCUUCGCCUCUGGCGUCUUCGCCACUGGCGUCUCCGCCACUAGCUCCACCUUCACCCAGCUCCCCUCCGUCGCAGCUGAGGGAUGCCAAAGAGAGGGAAUUCCGAGGAUCAAAGGAAAGGGACUUGAGAUCCAAUGAGAAGGAGACCAAGGACCGGAAGGGAUCCAAGGAAGAUAGGGAAAGCAAAGAAACGAAAGAAGGAAUUGGUAGAGGGAGCCCAAGUGGAAGAGGCAGCAUUCAGUUGCCUCACCUCAAGCCCAAAGAGCCCAAAGAACCGCGAGAAGACGAGGAGAACGCAGCCAGGAGUUCCUUGACUUCCCAGUUCAGCAUGUUGCCUCGACCAAAAACCGUUGAGGCCCGCAUGGAGGCAAUGGAAGGCGAGAGACACGAGCAGAACAGCUUUGGCGGCUUUGGCGGCUUUGGUUUCAGUACCACCACUGCUACCACAGGUUUCGGCAUCGGCUUCGGAGCUCCUAGCGUUCCCGGUCUGACGCCACAGGAGCAGCUGGUGAACCUGUUCUCCGGCGCCACUCGGAAGGGCGCCAGCCAUAGCGCCCAUGGCCAUGCUCCGCGACCGCGCCCCGAACGCCUGGAGCCCGACCCUGAGCGGCCAGACCCAGAGUCACGAGCUGAGGGGAGACCUGAGACACAGGUCAGUCGGCCCAGUUCCAAGUACAGAUAUGGGAAGACCAGUGGGCGACGUCCACCCCCAAGUCCCACUCAAACAGUCAGUCAGAAGAAGAUACAAAGGUUGGAAGAAGGGCAGAAAAUCUUUGAUCUCUACUAUUGGGAGGAGAUCUUGCAACAAGAGGGUGAUGGUGGAAAAGUCGUGGUCUGCCGGCCAAAAGGUAAGGAUGGCAAGGAUGAGAAUGAAGCGGAGGACAAGAAUGGCAGAGCAUCUUUUCGUUUCGUGAUGAAGAUCAAGAGUAAAGAAGCUCUGCGGCAAGAUAUGCACGAAGAGCAAUUUGUGAGGGCACAGGUGCGACUAUUGAAUCUGAAAGCACCUCCCGGAGUGAUCCAACUGCAGGAGAUCCUGGAAGAUGAGAAUUUCUACUACGUGGUGAUGGAUCGAGCCACUGGUGGAUCCUUUUUCAGCUCCUUGCUGGAGGAAUACCGGGAUGGAACUAUGCCAGCUAGUGCAGUGUGCAAAGUGGCACGGGACAUCCUUGAGACCCUACGGCACUUGCACAAAGAGGGGAUCCUUCACCGCGACAUCAAACCGGACAACAUGGUGAUGCAUUCGCACAGCGAUGCAACUGGAAAGAAGUUGCAAAAGGUGACCUUGAUUGAUUUUGACCAUGCAGAUGCUGAGUUCUCAGGCUUAGGCCUGACUCAGGUGCAACAUUGUUUUGGCACUGCCAGAUUCAAUGCUCCCGAAGCCUUCUUGGGCUUCUACUCCGCAGCCACGGAUUUGUACUCCGUGGGCGUCAUCGUGUAUUUGUUGCUCACAGGCUCUAUGCCCUACCCCUCCGAGCUCUUUGAGUUUCCCACCCCAGGGAGUCCCAGCCCUGCGGCCAAUCGACGUUGGAUGAAGCAAGUGGUGGCACAGAUGGAAGCGCAUCAAAUUGAUUGGAGCCAUCCAACCUUCCGGGAAAUCCCGGACAGCAAGGAUUUCUGCCAGCACCUCCUAGCCUUCAAUAUGGUAGAUCGCUCUGCCACUGCUGAAGAAGCCUUGCGACAUCCAUGGAUUUGUUCCGAAAGCUUCGGCUUCAGCUUCUCUCGAGAGUCUGCGGGCGUGCUGGCCUUCACCUGGAUGUGGCGAAAGAAAUGGCUUGGCAUCCGACUCCGAGCCGGAGAGGAUGAUUUGCCAUCGGAUGAAGAGUUAAUGACAUCCUUCAAUGCACGGUUGCCUCCAGAAGUGCGGCUCUACAAGGAACGUGCUUUGAAAGCGGAGGCGACCCUGAAAAGGGCAGAUCAGAGCAUCAAAGCUUUAGGUAUUGAUUUGGAAAAGAGUGAGCGGGAGCAACAGGAGCUUCGUGAAAUCCUUCCUCCGCUGUCCCCAGCGGCUGUGGCGCUUUGUUGGCCGAGCGAGUGGCAGGCGCCACUCUUGGCUUCCUUGUGCUUGGGCUUAGAGGAGGUUCGACUCUUUGAGUUGGAGAGUCUGCGCUCCCUCACCGCGGAGGACUUGCGGGAGAGGCUUGCAGGCUGCCGCACCGUGGCAGUUUGUUGCCCUGAAGGUGAAGAUCUUCAAUUACGCGCUUGCGCUGGUCUUUCCACCCUGCUGGAGGGUACACCUGAAAGCUUGCAGAAGAUCGUGCUGAUCGCAGACUCUGCAGCUUCCCAGAUUCUGCCAAUUGAGCGCCAUUUGAAGAGAGCUUUGAGAGAGCGGAGUAGCAAUGCCUCGCCCUUGCGACUGAAUGUUGUACGAGCCAAUGUGAGCUCAGGCGAGGCAUCCAGGACGAGACCGACACAGGUUCUAGCGAAGAUGCCAGCCCUGGUGAGAGACGCUGCCAUGGGCUUGAAAGCCAUGUUUGGCAUCAGGAGUGCAGCCACUUUGGUGGCUGAAGCGGCAGAAGCCGCAUUUCCGGGUCAGGAGGAGCUGCCUGAAAGCACUUCACCUGAGGCAUUGGCGAAGGUCCUACAGUUCACCCUGCGUCGUGGCAUCGAUGUGCCCGAGAUCACGGUGUUGGGCAGCGGCGACGUGGACUUUGAUGAGAUCCUGCUGCCCUUGGUGGGCCCCGAGCUAUGGCGCUUAGACGUGCCAAAUGCUCGCCGAGCCAGGGCCUGGGUGCGAGGUUGGGUCGAGUUCAAUUAUUGCCGUGGAGCCAAUCAGAACAGCUCCGCCAUGAGGAAAGCUGGUCUAAAGACGCCGGUUGAGGUGAGAACGUCCACCCUGGGUGCGUGCAUCAAGUUCUUGCCCACCGGCAGUCGGACGCCUGGAGAAGGCUUCGAAGGAUUGCUGGAAGGAGGCUUAGAGAUCCUAGUGGAUGAAGCGACAGACAAAAGGUCCGCGCGCAUGCGAGUGCGGCGAUGUGCAUAUGGAUGGCGAAAGAGACCGCGUGAAAGUUCUGAGCGAGCAAUUCUUUCCCGCCUCAGUCGUGAUUGGCAGCUCUCUGAAAAGAUGAGAGCUGACUGA